AGCUUAAAGGAUCCAAACUUAAAUCCUUAAGGAGAACGCAACACGAAACACAAACAAUCGGAGGAAAAGAAAGAAAAAAAAAUCGGAGAUAAAUGGCAAAGAGAUCAAUCACCAUGAAACCACUCUUUCAAGAACAAGAUCUUGUUAUCUACGAAGAAGGUAAUGAUUUCUCUAAUUGGGAAUUCAUUAAUGAAUCUGAUGCUGAAGAUUCUGACUCUGAUUCUCUGCAUAGUCUUGAAAAUGGCUUUGUCUCUUGGUCUUCAUCAAGAUCACCGAAAACAAGACAGGAAAUUGUAGCCCAAGACACCCAACAAGACCAAGAUGUUGUCUUUCAUGUCAAUUCUCAUCUUCAUGAAGAUUACGACGACGAAAACCGUUGUGUUUAUCGUAUGGGGCCUAUACUGUUUCCUGCUGCGAGGGUUCGGUACGGGGAAGAGAUUGAAGAUGUUGAUGAUGAAGAGGAGGAGGACGAAGACGACGAAGAUGACGGGUAUGGGUUAAAUGACGAGCUAGUGCCAUGGAAUGUGAGUGGGAAGUUAGGGAGGCAGAGGAUGAGGAAAUUAGGCAAAAGGAUAUUUCCUAAGAUGAGUAGUUCAAAGAGGAGUCCUUUUCUUCAUGUGAAGCCAGGGUGUGUUCAUGGAAAGCAUGGAUUGGGAUUGAAGGCUUAGCAGAGGAAGAGAUUGAAGGUAAAUAAGUUGCGGGGGUGGAAAAAGCUGGGAUCUUUGAAUUUGGUGUUGUGUAAAGAAUUCAACUUUGGGGUGGUUGGUUAGGUGUAAUUAUUGUACUUUGGACUAGGGUUAUUGGCUUUUCAUUUUUAACCCAGGUUAUGCUGAUUGGAAAUGACUUGUGUGGAUGUUAUUAUCAAUUUAUUCUCGAUUGAUGUUCUCUUUCA